AUGGAGUGCAAACACCUCAGCGAGAACGAGGUAAAGCAGCUAUGUGAUUUGGCAAAGGAAAUUCUCCAUGCAGAGAGCAAUGUCCAACCGGUCCGGUGUCCUGUGACUAUCUCCGGGGAUAUUCAUGGGCAGUUUCAUGAUUUGAUGGAGCUGUUUCGGAUUGGUGGCUUUCUCCCAGACACCAACUACCUUUUCCUAGGUGACUACGUGGAUCGGGGCUACUUCUCCGUGGAGUGCGUGUCACUCUUGCUGAGCUUCAAGGUUCGGUACCGCGAAAGGAUUACCAUUUUGCGAGGCAACCAUGAAAGCCGGCAGAUCACUCAGAUCUAUGGAUUCUUCGAUGAGUGCACGCGCAAAUACGGAAGCCAAAGUGUGUGGAAGAUGUUUACAGACCUCUUCGACUAUUUGCCCCUCACAGCCCUUGUUGAGAACAAGAUUUUCUCGCAGCAUGGUGGCUUGUCGCCCAAUAUUGAAAAGCUGGAUGACGUGAGGAAACUAGAUCGAGUUCAAGAGGUGCCCCACGAAGGUGCCAUGUGCGAUCUACUUUGGAGCGAUCCUGAUGAUCGAUUGGGGUGGGGCGUCUCACCACGUGGCGCUGGAUACACCUUUGGACAGGAUGUCUCAGAGAAGUUCAACCAAUCCAACGGGUUGAACCUCAUCGCACGUGCGCAUCAACUAGUCAUGGAGGGCUUCAAUUGGGCCCAUGAACAGCAAGUCGUGACCAUUUUCUCUGCGCCGAACUAUUGCUAUAGAUCAGGGAACCAGGGUGCAAUCAUGGAAGUGGAUGAGAAGCUAGGCUCUCACUUCGUGCAGUUUGAUCCUGCACCCCGCAGGGGUGAAGCGGCGAUCGGCCGCCCUCCUGUGGAAUAUUUCCUGUAG